UCUUUUUCUUCCGGUUCUUCUGCGAGGCUUAGAAAUGCCUGAUCCUGCGAAAUCCGCUCCUGCCCCGAAGAAGGGCUCCAAGAAGGCGGUGACCAAGGCGCAGAAGAAGGACGGCAAGAAGCGCAAGCGCAGCCGCAAGGAGAGCUACUCGGUGUACGUGUACAAGGUGCUGAAGCAGGUGCACCCGGACACGGGCAUCUCGUCCAAGGCCAUGGGCAUCAUGAACUCGUUCGUCAACGACAUCUUCGAGCGCAUCGCGGGCGAGGCGUCGCGCCUGGCGCACUACAACAAGCGCUCGACCAUCACGUCCCGGGAGAUCCAGACGGCCGUGCGCCUGCUGCUGCCCGGCGAGCUGGCCAAGCACGCUGUGUCCGAGGGCACCAAGGCCGUCACCAAGUACACCAGCUCCAAGUAGAUUUGGGACGACACGUUGGCUGUUAUGGACCAUUUCCAAAGUUUUCUGAGGUGUGAGAUCUUGCUGUUUUCGUCUUGGCUGUCUGAAGACGGUGUGGGUGCAGCCCGCCAGUCCUGACCUGGGCAUCUGUCCGCCCAUGUUACCCCAUUCCUCUCCCUGGGCUGAGCUGAGAG